CCUACGCCGGACAGCGCUGAUCGAGACGGAGGAAUGUUUGCUCUUUCGGUUUGUUGAUUUAAAAUUACCAUAAAAAGUAUCAUGGCGUCUAAGGUCAAAGUGGAAAAUAUUGUUAACGAACGUCGAUUACGUCCUAUAUAUGAUUGGUUGGAUAAUGGAAAUAAUAAGAAAGCUCUUCAAGAGGCAGAUAAGGUCCUUAAGAAACACUCGAGUAAUCAGUGUGCAAAAGUAUUGAAAGCUCUAGCUUUAUUGCGGCUGGGAAAUGAAACGAAGUGUCAAGUUAUUAUGGAUGAGGUACGUUCCGAAGUACCUUGUGAGGAUUCUACGCUGCAAGUUAUGAGCAUUUGUUAUAGAGAGAUACAUCAACCAAAUAAAAUUAGCGAAGUAUACGAGGCUGCGGUAAAUGCAAAUCCAAACAAUGAGGAAUUAUUGACUCAUCUCUUUAUGUCGUAUGUACGUCUUGGAAAUUAUAAAAAGCAACGAGAAACAGCACUUGCCUUGUAUAAACGAAAACCAAAAAAUCCUUAUUAUUUUUGGGCUGUGAUGAGCGUAGUUAUGCAGGCUACGCAUGAAGAUGAGGAGAUAGCAAAAGAAAUUACUUUGCCUUUAGCAGAAAGAAUGGUAUUGAAAGUAAUUAAAGAGGGGAAAAUGGAAGCAGAACCGGAAAUCCAACUUUAUUUAAUGAUAUUGGAGCUUCAAGAUAAAAACGAAGAAAUGUUAAAUGUUUUAUCUGGACCCUUAGCCUCACAUAUUUCACCUGUUCCACAACGCAAAGCAGCCCUUUUACUAAGGUUGGAACGUUUUGCCGAAGCUGCUAACGCGUAUAAGGAACUUAUCAAUGAAAACGUAGACAACUGGGCGUAUUAUCAAGACUAUCUUUCUGCUGCUCUUAAAUAUCAAAAACCAGAAGAGUGUUUAGAUUUCUUUAAUAAGAUUAUAAAUACAUCAGAAAGAAAGGUCAGAGCUCCGUAUCUUGCAAAGUUUGAAUUACUCAAGCGCACACAAAGCAAAGGGAUUAUUGAAAAUGCUUCUAAACCGAUAGGUUUAAUGCAUAAAUAUUUCUCACAAUUCGGAGAAAAAGGCUGUGUAGUUGGAGAUUUGCGUCUGUAUUUAGAUUUAUUAACUCCUACAGGCAGGUUACUGUUGCUUAAACAAAUAGAAGAAGAUAUAGGUGUUAAACCAGACGAAUUUGCAACUACUGUGCAACAGAUGCAGAGACACAUUCAUUUAGAACAAUUACGUCGUAUUUGCGGUUUUCAUCAGCCUCCAUAUGUAGACACGAAUGGACAAUUACAAUUAGUAGAACGAUUAUGUAAAUUAUAUGAAAAGGGUAAUGAAUUGUGUCCGAUCCAAGAAAGAUUACAAACAGACUUUUGUCCAGCGGAUUAUUAUAUCCUUUUAGCUACGCAUUUGUUGCACGAACUAUGGUACAGUACCAGUGAACCGUCUUAUUUGUACAGAGCAAUGGCGAUAUUAGAACGUGGUUUAUUAUCGAGUACUUCAAAUUUUCAUAUAAAAAUUUUAUUAGUACGAGUAUAUUUGGAAGCAGGAUUAGUAGGUUCAGCAGAUCACGUUUUUACAUUAUUGGACGUUAAACAUAUUCAAUUAGAUUCAUUGGGUUAUUUACACGCACCACUGCUCGCUCCUCUCGGCCAUCUUUCAUUGGCCUCUACAACUUUAGAUCACUCCACUAAAUUUUUCAUUGCGAAUUGCAAGGAUAGUGCAGAUCAUCUAACGUUUGCCUAUAAAUAUGGAAGUUUUGUAAAGAUUCAAGAAUUUGUGGAGUUGAAAGAACGUUUGGAAAACUCCUUUCACUUUGUUAUGACUACUGUAGAUAAGAUGAUCCUGGAAUUAAGUUGGUGCGAUAGUUGCACAUCGUUAAUUUCUACUUUAAAUAAUAUGCAUAUUCAACCCGAUGAGGAUUCGGUCCGAUUAAAUUCUUUACGAGAUAACCGUGAUUUGCAGGUUAUUCGCGGAUGGGAACCGUUGUCAGAAAAUGGAAAGGACCCUAGGAUGCAAGAAGAAACACGCGUAUGCAUGUUAAGAUUACUCGCAGCAAGGAACUUAAUAUUGAAAAUCUUAGCAGCAUGUGCAAUGCCUGAUACUUCUUCCCUUCUUGUCCGACUGUGUAGUGAAUUAAAACAACUAGAUACCGAGCAAAUACCUUUGAUACUUCAAAAAUUCGAAUCGGAAGGAAAGAAAGACAGAUCGUGUAAAAUAUUGGUUCCUAUGGAUGCAGUGGAAAGGUUACGCGAAGCCCAUUGGUCCGAGCAAUUUAAAACAAUUGCUCAGCUCGUAGAAUCACUGACUCACUCUCAUUAUCCCGACUUCGAAUGUAUUCAAAUGCUACAAGCGUCUCCAUGUCUUCAAACAAUAAACAUCCCAGAAAAGGACAUUCCAGUGUCUUUUAAGCAUUUUCUGCUAAGAGCGUCCACGUGUAGUGAAUCUCUUGCGAUUAUUAGUGCCAUAUGUACUAUGUGUGCAACGCGAUUACAACCUCAAUCCUCGCAAAAGAAAAAUAGGAAAAAAUACUGCAAAAAUAUAGAAACUGUUUCUUUGGAUGAGAACGAUCAUAGUUGGAAAGAUGUUUCAAUAUUACUCACAGAAAGGAUUAAGAAUUUAAAUAGGGUACUAACAGAAUUCGAAAAGUUUCAACUACAUACGGGACUGAGUAAUGAUGAAGAUGAUAUACGUACAUCUAUAAUUAAAUACGGACAAGUUAGUUUGGGACAAAGUUGCAGGUCAUUGAAAUCUCGAGCUCAAAUCACAUUGAAACUUUUAAAUAGUCUGAAGAGCUGAAAUUGUACGAAAAUUCUUGUACAAAAAAAUAUCCAUCCAACUAUUUACUGAUUUUUUAAACUCGUUCAUUUAUUGUGUACAUUAUUCUUAGUCCUAACCAAAUAACAAAUAUCGACUGAAUCUUAAUUUCAUGCUCAACUGGUAAACAUUAGUAAUUUAAUAGUCCUUUUUUUUUUAUAUCAUUUUUUCCUUCAUUGUGUUUUUAUUGCAACAGUAGUCGAUUAACACGAAGUUGCAUCGCAAAAUAGUUUACGAAAUAUUUAAUGUAAAUGCUGCCUUUGUAAAAUUUGAGAUAAUCAACAUUUAUUACCUGAAGUAAAACACAUAAAUCGAUAUUUAAAAAUACUUCUUGUUGAUUUUUUGGUUACUUUGUCUGUACAUAUUUGAGACUUAAUAUAUCAUUUUCAACAUACCUUGAAUAUUGUUACAAUACAUUUUCAAUAAUUUACAUAAAUCUUUUUUUAAGAGAAAACUGUAUCUUGAAGACUGUGUAUAAAUUGUUUUAUAGAUGAA